AUGACGAUGCAAACAAAACCUCCUCAAAAUGUUGCUCCCGUUGCUCCUGUUGCUGUUGCUGCUCGCGCUGCUGCUGCUGCUGCUCGCAAAAAGGGUAGUCGUUUUAUUCCACGACAAAAACAACAACAAAAACAACGACCCAAAAGUCGAGUGACGGCGAUGACGAGUAGAAGUAGUUAUUCUUCUUCUCAUCAUCAUCAUCAUUCAAUAAAGAAGGAUACAAAUAUCCGCCGCCGCACUACUGCUCAAACAUCAUCAUCGAACGACGAUUACAACGCAAAUGACAUCAACGGAAGUAGUACAAAAGGAGUCGCGAGAGAGAUUGAGUUUAUGGUGGAAAUGCGCUGUGGGAAGUGCGUGGAGAAAGUCGAAAAAUCCGUCCUUUCUCUCGAAGGCGUUAUUCAAGUCUCCGCGUCACUCGGAACGAAUACGGUGCGAGUGCUCGCGACGUCUUCGGUGAAAACGGUGGAAGAGAAGAUCGCGUCUACGGGAUAUAAAACGCGUUUAGUUGGUCAGGGGAACGUGGAGUUGUUCAACGAACGACUCGCGGAACGAUUAGGUAUGGAUUUGAGAACGUUGAGGCAGUCCUUAGCCGCCGUCGCGGAGUUUAAAGGAGAGGCGUAUCAACACGGGAGUUGUAAAGGCGUCGUGCGGUUCGUGCAAGUGAACGAAGAGACGGCGACGUUUGAGGCGGACGUGUUAGGCUUAGAGAAGGGGAAAAAGUACAAAUUGCGAGUGCGGAUGUAUGGAGAUACGACGAGAGGGGUGGAGAGCUGCGGGGAAGUGUAUCAAAAUACGAACGAAAAUGAACGAGAAGAGGAAAUAUUAUUAGGCGAAAUGUGCGCCGUGCAAGCCAUGGAGGACGGGUCGAUUAAAGCGAGUUUACAGCUUCCAAAGAAAUUUUUCGUUUGGGAUAUCAUUGGAAGAGCUUUGUGCAUCGAAGAGGUGGUCGCAGGGAACGAAGAAGGAGAAGGUUUGCGAGUAGCCGCGGUGCUCGCCAGAAGCGCCGGCGUCGGUGAAAAUCUCAAGAAGGUGUGUCAGUGCGACGGGACGGUAAUUUGGGAGUCGUCGCCGGAUGAUUUCACGCCGCAAAUCUCAAAAAAAGGAGGGUCCCCUUUGUUCGAGAAUGGAAAGGUUUCGGUAAAGCGCAUGUAA